AACUAUUAAUCCUUCACCUAAAGACUAAUUCCUUUCUGCAGCCGUCCCUGCCACCGCCAGUCCUCCGCCGCCGCAACCUGCUCUACAAGAAGACGGCCAUACAAUGAAUGACGAUGAUGCAGCAAAAAAAUUAUUCCAUAAUACUGAAGAAGAAGAAACAGAGUGGUCCAAGCUUCCGCCGGAGCUUGAGAUAAAAAUAUUUUCUCAUCUCUUUGAUAUCGAUGCUGGCGCCGUAGGUGUAAUCCGAUCAACUUGUAAAACUUGGAGUUUGAUCGAUUCUGUCUCUAGAUUUUCACAACUGCCCAUGUCCGAUCACCAGUAUCCUCUCCUCGUAGAGUUGAAGUAUGACACUUGCAUAUUUUAUCAUUCUAUUUACGGAUACUCUUUUCAACAACAAUUUUCAGAACUAGCAGGCGCAUUUAUUCUAUCCUCAAAAUUUGAUUGGUUACUUUUAUCUCGAAUGAAUUGUAGUCUUUUUUUCUUCAAUCCAUUCACACGAGAAAAGAUAAAUCUUCCGCCUUAUUCAUUCGAAGACGAAGAUCAGGAACAAGACUUUGAAGACGAAGAAGAUGAAGAAGAAGAAGAAGAAGAAUUUUAUAUACGAUUUACAAACGUGGCCUUUUCAGCCCCACCAACUUCUGAAGAAUGCUAUGUUAUUGGAACUUUACAAGAUUGGCCUUUUCACUAUUAUGCAAAAUUCUAUAUCCUUAAAGUUGGGUGGACGGAUUGGUUAAACCUUGACAUUCCAGUUGACAUCAGAUUCGAGCUUUCAAGAUGUCAACCAAUUGUCGACGAGGGGACAUGUUACUGUUUGGCAAAGGGUGGACGGCUGAUAUUAAUAGAUUUUAAGAAGAGGGACUACUCUUUCGCCGGGGAAUCAUUUUCUGAGUUUUUGUUUGACAACAGUAUCUUUCCGGAGGAUUUAUUGGUUGAAGAUUUUCUUGUGGAUAUUCAUCGCACUUACCUGGUAAAGCACGAUGAGGAAAUUUUUUGUGUGCUGGUAACUCACGGGCAAAAUAACAUUUAUGUCAAAAGGAUGAAUCUCUCGGAAAAGACAAAGUCAUGGAGAAACGUAGAUAAUUUAGAUCGGAAAAUGCUUUUUCUAAGUUAUGAGACAUCUUUUCUUAAACUAGGUUCAGCUAGCGGGACGAAUAAUAAAAUUUAUUUUCCCAAAUUACACCAAAAUCAACCUGUAUUUUUUUCUCUCUCAACUCGCAAGUAUCAUUCUUUUUCAGGAAAUUAUUCAAAUAGACUUCCUUAUGAUAUUAGGGAACUUAGAAAUUGUACUUGGAUACAAUCCUGUAAUCGGCUAUACAAAAAAUAAAUAUGCUAUAUGCUUAA